UUUGCCUUUUCUUUGUCGAGCAGAUCGAUUUUUCCAUGGCAUCGAGGAGCUGAGCCAGCAAGAAGGAGCGCUCCAUCGAUCGUUCCGCACAUUUCCACCGCAUCGAUCACGGCUCCACCUCUGUAACUCCGAGCCUUGAGGGACUACUCAUUUUGAGUUAAACAAGGGCAUAAAGUGAUCGGAGUCCAAAAUUGUGGGGAUGCAGAGGCAAAGUACACCUAAGCACAGGCAUGAUGGAACUUCACCUCUGCCUUUGGGUAUGGAUUGGAGCCCUCCUCCUCGUGUUUGGCCUUGGAUUCCCAUUGACGGUGCUAACAAUCAAUCCUGGGGUGGGAGAGAGACUGUUUGGCCUCAUGAUCCUCGGACUGGAUGGAGUUAUUGUGUCACGAUACCCUCCUGGAUUGUACUUGCCAAAUCAAAAGAUUCUGACCCUACCGUGUUUUACAGGGUUCAAGUUGGUCUUCAAUCACCAGAAGGAAUUACAACAACCAGAACUGUUUUGAGAAGAUUCAACGAUUUCUUAAAAUUGCAUGCUGCUAUUAAACGAUCCUUUCCACAGAAAAAUGUUCCGCCAACUCCCCCCAAAGGACUUCUGAGGAUGAAAACUAAGGCAAUGCUUGAAGCGAGGAGGGGUUCUCUUGAGGAGUGGAUGACAAAGUUACUCUCUGACAUUGACUUGUCACGAAGUAUGCCUGUUGCUUCUUUUCUCGAGCUGGAGGCUGCCGCUAGAGCAUCAUUCCAAGAUGAGAACCAGCAUGGCUUGGAUCCGAAUAGUUCUGUGAGUAUGGUGGAAUCAUCUCAUCAUGUUGAUCCAAAUUCAAGCUUGUCUGCAACAGCAGGCAGUUCCUCAAUGGCGUCGGAUUAUGGCAGUGAUACAGCUUAUGAGGCAUCCGAGGUUGGUACUACAAGCCUUGGAAGGGAUAACAACUCUGAAGUAGGGUUGGAUGAUCUGACGCUUUAUGAUGAUGUAUCAAGUCCAGUAGACAAGUUUGUGAAGUAUGGCAUGACAAAUAUUGACGAGGGAUUGUCUAUGGGGCAUGCUAUUCUAGAGAAACUUGAAAAUUUUCCUAAGCAUAAGCUGCAUCCCAGAGAUAUUCAUAGUAGUUCGGAGCACAAGGUUAGUAAUGGAAGCUCUUCUAAAGCCUCUCAUCAUAUGGAGGAUACAAUUGAACACAGAUCUGAGCCGGAACAUGGGCUAGUGGUUCCCCAUGUUCGAAAACUAUCAAAUGAAAGCAUUGGAAGUGACAGAAGUUCGCAGAGAGGCAGUGAAUUGUCGAAUAUAUUAUUUCCAAAUUCGAAUGGGCAUGGGAUUCUUGACUUUAGAAGCGGGAUGGAGAUCUCCAAUAUUGGAACUGUUGAAGACUCAGAUUUUAAACUUCCAGAUAACAUACAUCUAUUGGUCCCAAUGGAGCAGCGCCAGAAGUUGAAUAGAGUGCUUAUGACAUUGCAGCGAAGGCUGAUCACUGCAAAAACUGAUAUGGAGGAUCUUAUAUCAAGGUUGAAUCAGGAAAUUGCAGUGAAGGAAUAUCUUACGACCAAGGUCAAGGAUUUGGAAGUGGAGCUUGAGACAACUAAGCAAAAGAGUAAAGAGAAUCUUGAACAAGCAUUAUUAACUGAAAGGGAAAGGGUGACCCAAAUGCAAUGGGACAUGGAGGAGCUUAAGCAACGGGCAAUGGAAAUGGAAUUGAAGUCGAGUACUCAAAAGGCCCACACUCAGUCGGACAAUUCAGCAGGUAAUCGACAACAGGAUGAUGUGCUCCAUGAGGAGUUGGAUUCCGUAAAGCAGCAGUUUGUGGACUUGUUGAAGCGAUAUCAAGACCUGGAGCUGCAAUCAAAAUCUGAUAUGAAAGUUCUUGUUAAAGAAGUUAAAUCUCUAAGAAGUUCACAGGCAGAACUUAAGCAACAGCUUAAGGAGGCACUCAGUGAAAAAUCCGAAGCACAGGAACUUCUUCAAGAAGAAAGAGAGAGGAAAGAGCAAUCAAAAUCUUCCUUGAUGAAUCUGCUCGAUAAAUGCAAGACUAUUUAUGAUCAGCUUCAGGAUUGUAGCAAUGAUUAUUUAAAGUCCCCGGGAGGAGACGAACAACAGAGACAUUCCUCAUCGUUGUUGGAUUGCAAUGAUCUUGUUGGCAUACCUGACGAUCAAAUUGACCUUUUUGCCAAGGUUCAGCGUUUAGCCGAGGAUGAUCUCAACGCUGGUUCAACCUCAGAUCGAGCUGUGGACGACACAGAUGAUUGCAUCGGGUCUGUGGACAGGGAGUUGAGGAAGAUGCUUGUGAGAAUCCUAGUCGAUAACGGUGUAUUGAGAAAACAGAUGAACUCUCUUAUGUUGCGCGGUGUUAAAACAGGUGAUCCCGACUCCAAUAGUCCCGAUGUAAGUGUAACAUAGCAGUAGAAGCAUGUUUGUAAAUUGAGUUUUAGGUGUCCUGUAGUAUUGGGGCUUCAUACCAUAGCUCGUUCCUCGCAGCAGCUCGACUCAUUCACACGAGAAUAACCGGCGUCGCGCAUAAUUACAGACCCUUUUUUUUAUGGUGUUGUAUAUGAUGAUGAUGAUGAUGAUGAUGAUGAACUGUUUUGGCUUACAAUCAUUAUUCACUGGUCUUCGUGUUGUG